AUGUCCUCGUUCUUCUCUCAGCUCUCCCAAAUCGAAACCUCCAACCCGCAUGCCCUCCCCACGCCCGUCGAAGUGUCCGCAGCAGAGCGCCUCCUCCGAGACCAACUUAGCACUCUCCUCUCUACGACCUCAAACGCAAACAACGCCGACCUCCUCCGCGAUUUAAUCUCGCACAUCGAAGAUGAUAUUGACUCCCCGCCUGAAAAGGUGCCCGGGGUGCCACAGAGCUAUCUUGAUAGCCUAGAGAGGGUAUCUAAGAAACAGUUAAAGAAGACAGAUACGUGUCCGAUUUGCGCAGAGCCGUUUCUAGAUGAUGAGUUCCCACUCGUCGUGGUCCUACCGUGCCACGAUAGCCAUCGGUUUGAUUUAGAGUGUGUGGGCCCUUGGUUGAGAUUGCAAGGAACUUGCCCGUUGGAUAGGAAGGAUUUGAUGAAGAAGAAAGAAGUGCCCAAAGCCCAAGAUGAUGAUGAAGAGGAUGACGAUGGAGGCCUUUAUGCAUGA